GAAACUUUUUAAUGAACUCAUGAAGCAUUCCUUAUUUAAACCAAGUCCCCAAGGAUCACGUUUGCUUAUUCGCAAAAUGUCUUUCACAGCGACUGGAAUUCUUUUUAUUUUUCUCUUGAAAAAUGUAGAAUCGGGUUUUCGAUUUCAAAUCAUCCAUGGCUACGACACUGCCAUCAAAAAUCAUCCACAUCAAGCAUCUUAUCAUUCACAAAAUGUGUUUGUUUGUGGAGCAUCAGUUUUGUCUGAGAAAUACGUUUUAACUGCUGCUCAUUGCACUGAACAAUAUAGGAGAGAUGUCACAGUAAGAGUCGGUUCAUCAUUUUACAACAAAGACGGAGUGGUCAUUGCUGUUGCUGAAAUUUUUCAGCAUCCCGGCUUUGAUUUAAUAUCUUACAAUAAUGAUUUUUCAGUACUUUUACUUGAACAAGAAUUAGCCUUCAGUGACAGCAUCAAACCUGUUUAUCUUCCAAAUGACAAUGAAAUUAUUCCGACUGGAACUGAGUGCAAAAUAUCGGGAUUCGGUGUGAAAGCCGAAAACUCUAUGACAGCUUCGGAACAACUUCAAGCAACUGAUGUAAUCGUAGUUGAUCAUGCAAAAUGCGCUGAAAGCUAUAUCGCAUCUCCUUUGUUUUUCGAAAUUACGGAACAAAUGAUUUGUGCUGCUGAUGCAGAUCCUGAAAGUUCAAAAGAUAACCGAGACAGCUGUUCAGGCGAUUCAGGUGGCGCAAUUAUUUGUUCAGGAUAUCAAGUUGGAGUAAUUUCAGCUGGGAAUGGUUGCGGACGUGAAAAUUUUCCAGGAAUUUAUGCAAGUGUUGCACAAGGUCGAGGUUGGAUUAGAGAUAUUACUGGUAUUUAAAUUGCUAACCAGUAAGUUUGUUCAAUAAAGAAAUCUUCGCAAUUGUUCUUUUUCUCUUCAAUCAUCAUUUAUCAAUCUUCAGUCAAAUAUUUGAUAGAAAAUUUAUGUUUAUCGCUUCAUUUGUAUUUAUAAAAUGUUUAUGAAAUUCUGCAAGAGUUUUCUUCAUCACAAUCGAUCUUAUGCUUAACAUUAUUAAUGCUGACUCUUUGAUCAGCAUGCAACAAUGGAAUAUUAUCAAUUAUUCUUUGGAUCGAUUGUCAAGGCGCCACAAAAAAAAGCAACAACAAUCAACGAUUUGCGACACCAUUCAAGAAGAAAUCAACAAAUGUUUGUUUUCGUAAACUACUCACAAAGAUUUCUAUGACAAUCAGAAGACAAAUAAAUAAAAGUUUGUGUCGAAUUCCUUUUCGAUGAAUGUUUAUUUGUUGUCGCUCGUGAUUGUUGUCAUGAAUGGUGUAGAAUAUUUAUUUAAGCCCUUAAAUGACGAUUUAUCUUCACUCGAAAAUGAAAUAUUAGAAUUCCAGAAAUCAUCAAGUUUCUGUUGGAAAUUCUAAAAAUAAAUUGCAUAAAACUACAUAAAUUUCAAACAUAUGUUGGCAAUAAACUAUUUCAAACGAAGCUUAUGCGAAUCGUAAAAAUAUCGCAAAACUAAAUGCUUAAAAAAACAUAAAAGUUAUUUUCUGUCAUAAAAAAGAAAUUAUUCGUGUAUUUAUAGAAAUUUGAGAAAAGUUUUCCACAAUGCUCGUAUUUAAGUAUAUAAAACAAAUUACUUAUACAAA